AAGAAGCAAAAAUUUCAGCUGACAUAUCACAUAAAUUGUUAUUCAUUUCUCUUGUCUCAUAUCCUCCAUUCAUCCAAAUACUCCACAUCUCUCUCUCUCUCUCUCUCUACACAAGUGAGAGAAAGCUCCCACUCUGCAAACCGUUGGAGUAUCGUUCAUCAUCUACAUCUAUUGAACAUGUUGGAGAAAAUGCAAGAAAGAGUAGACAUGGAGGCGGUUAUGGAGGAAUUCGAGUCGUUAACGAUGGAUGCAGGGAGAGUUCAGAGGGAAACACUGCAGAGAAUCUUGGAAGAAAAUGGUGGAUGUGAGUAUCUCUCUCGAUUGGGUCUCAAUGGAAGAACUGAUCCACAAAGCUUCAAGGCAUGUGUCCCCAUCGUCACUCACGCCGACAUCGAACCCUACAUUCGCCGCAUCGCCGACGACGACGGCGGCGAUAACUCAUCCAUCAUCACCGCCAAACCCAUCCCCGCCAUUUCCUUGAGUUCUGGCACUACCCAGGGGAAGCCAAAGUACCUACCGUUCAACGAUGAAUUGGUGGAAAACACCAUGCAAAUUUACAAGACCUCGUUUGCCUUCAGAAACAGGGAAUACCCAAUCGACAACGGGAAAGCGUUGCAGUUGAUCUACAGCAGCAAGCAAUUCAAGACGAAGGGCGGCCUCCGCGCCGGCACUGCCACCACCCACCUCUUCAGCAGCGCCGAGUUCAAGCAGACGCUGCGGGCGACGCAGCGGCCGUGCUGCAGCCCCGACGAGGUGAUCUUCGGCGGCGACUACCACCACUCCCUAUACUGCCACCUCCUCUGCGGCCUCAUCUUCCGCCACCAAGUCCAGCUCAUCUCCUCCACCUUCGCACACAGCAUCGUCCACGCAUUCCGCACCUUCGAGCAGAUCUGGCACCACCUCGUCGCCGACAUCCGCCGCGGAUCCCUCAGCAGCCGCGUCACCUCCGCGCCGAUCCGGUCCGCCAUGGCGAAGCUGCUCAAACCCGACCCGGACCUCGCCGACGCCAUCCAGAGCAAAUGCACGAGCCUCAGCAACUGGUACGGAUUGAUCCCGGAGCUGUUUCCGAACGUCAAGUAUGUGUAUGGAAUCAUGACAGGAUCCAUGGAGCCCUACAUUAAGAAAUUGAGGCACUAUGCCGGAGAGAUUCCGUUGAUUAGCGCCGAUUACGGCGCUUCCGAAGGCUGGAUCGGGGUGAAUGUUAACCCGGCGUUGCCGCCGGAGGAGGCAACGUUCGUGGUGCUUCCGAACGUCGGCUACUUCGAAUUCAUCCCCUUGGACGGCGGCGCCGCCGUCGGGCUGACCGAGGUGGAGGUCGGGAAGGAGUACGAGGUGGUGACGACGAGCUUCGCCGGAUUGUACCGCUACAAGCUCGGCGACGUGGUGAGGGUGGCGGGGUUCCGGAACGGGGCGCCGGAGCUGAGGUUCGUGUGCCGGCGGAACGUGGUGCUGAGCGUGAACGUGGACAAGAACACGGAGACGGACCUGCAGGCGGCGGUGGAGGCGGCGGCGCGCGCGGCGGCGGCGGAGAAGGUGGAGGUGGUGGACUACACGAGCUGCGUGGACGCGUCGUCGGAGCCGGCGAGGUACGUGGUGUUCUGGGAGAUGAGCGGCGGCGCGAGCGACGAGGUGGUGGAGGAGUGCUGCAACCGGCUCGACCGGUCGUUCGAGGAGGCCGGCUACGUGGCCAUGCGGAAGAUCAACGGGAUCGGGCCGCUCGAGCUGAGAAUCUUGAGGAGGGGAACCUUCCAGAAGGUGAUGGACCACUUCGUCGGAUUGGGCGGCGCCGUCAGCCAGUUCAAGACGCCGCGCUGCGUCGGCGCCGACAAUGGGAAGCUGAUGCAGAUAUUGGCGGCGAAUGUUGUCAAGAGCUGCUUCAGCACUGCGUAUUGACUGCGCGAGUUUAUAUAUAUAUAUAUAUAUAUAUAUAGCUGCAUGUGUUUCUUUUCUAAUUAGUGAAAUGAAUUUUGAGUUGAUAUAUAGAUGCAUGGCAGUUGUGUGUUUAGUAAAUAAGAGUGUGAGUUGAUAGAUGCUUUCGAAUGCACUCUCGUGUAAUUUUGGAAAUUGAAAUGUUAAUAAUAUACUACUCGUUCCGUCCCAAA